AUGAACGUCAAGCCUCACAAACAAUCCAUGUCGGAGCUCAAGCUGCGCAGACUCACAGAGCACAACCAGCGCUUGAAAGAGGACCUCGAGCGACCUCGUAUCCGUGUCUCGGAAGCCAGUCAGAGCCUCAUCAACUACUGCAAGAGCACGCGUGACUACCUCGUGCCAUCUGUAUGGGGUCCCGUGAGCAAGGGCGAGGAUCCUUAUGCACCUGCUGGCGCAGGAUGCAACUGUGUGGCUAUGUAG